UCCAGAAUGCCUGAAACUAAUUCUCUACCAGGAUGCUUUUGAAAUUGUAAAUCCCCUCGGCUCUGCUAAGAAAAAGCACAAAGUUGUGGCAGUCUAUCUUUCUGUAGCUAAUUUACCUAUUCAUGUUCGGUCCAAUACUGAUCACAUGUCCCUUGUCUUAUUGUGUUUAGAGAAUGACUUGAAACAAUUUGGAUGUGCUGAGGUUUUCUCUGAGAUGUUAGUGGAUUUAAAAGAUUUGGAGGAAAAUGGAAUAACUGUAGGUGGUGAAACAGUCAAAGGAGCUUUGUAUUGUAUUGCCGGUGAUAAUUUAGGUUCACACAGCAUUGGUGGGUUUACUGAAAAUUUCAGUCGUUCUAAGUACUUUUGCAGGUACUGUGAAAUCACGCGAAACGAGUUUCAAAAUGAUGACCCAAAUGUUUGUGGUCCACAGCGCAGCCCUGACAAUUACAAUUCUGCGGUUCGUGAUCUACAAACUGAAGACAACAAAGGCAUAAAGAAAUGUCUGACUCUGAGAGAACGUUUCUACGCACCGCUAUCACUGAGGUCUUGCCUGACCUUCCAGAGGUGACAAAAGACAUUUUAGAAGAGACCUUGCAAUCUCUUGGUGUGGAGACAUAUGAUGAUUUUAAUUUUAUUGAGGAAGCUGAUUUGCUGUCAGCGUUGAGGCCAAUUCAAGCCCGAAAAGUCCUUGCUGCAUGGAAGCUGAGAUGCCAGACUCCUGAAAGCAGCAGCAGCAGCUCAUCUCUUGAUACCUUGCCAAGGCCUUCAACAACCUUAGAGUCUCUUUCACCCAGAAGUUCACAAUCAACCUCUUCCAACAACUCCCAAAGCCCUAAUCCAGACUGGGUGGACACCUUUCUGAUACCAUGGGAAAAGUUACCAGAGGAACUGAUGCAGUUAUUAGAGAGAGGAAAACGACCAAGUCCACGACUGAGAAUAGAGAUGGUCCGGAUUGUGGUUCGUGACAUGAUGCAAAAAAAUCCUUGCCCAAGUAAAAAGGAUUCUACUGAAGUUGCCAAAAAGAUGGUGGCGAAAUAUCCCAAAUCAUUGCAAGACGUAAUAGAUGGAGAUGUGAUUGGGCCAGGGUACCACUCUUUGGUUAAGCAACUGCAAUAUAGGAUUGAAAAUGUGAAGCGUUCUACAACCCCAAAAAUAAGAAAACGAAAGCAUCGCACUGAUGAGUCUGACACAGACGAAAUCCCUCCAGAACAGAGAGCAGCAAUGCAGGACACUUACGGAUGCAUUAACUGGGAUGUAAAAUUUCUGCCCCUUGGAGAGACCCCAGAGAGCCAGAGAGAAAAGAAAGAAAAACUGAAGAGGAUGUCUCAGCAAACUGAUACAAAUCUAGAAGAGGUCAAACGUCUAAUGAAGUUGACUUUCUACACACAGCGUAAACAAGUGAACCAGGGGGAAAAUAUUAAAAGUCUUCUGGAAGAGUGGCCAUUUUGGUUCAAAGAACUUGGCAUGGCAGUCCACUUCAAGGAACUUACCGGAAUUGGGCUUAUCGAAACUUUCACGCGGAAUGUGGAUCUGAAGGGGAAACGACUCUUGAACUACUUAAAUACUGUUGGUGUGAACAAGAACAAAAAGUUCCUACAGGCUGUGACAAACCUGAAAGCGAUCAGGGGAGAGCUGAGUGGUUGCUCUGAAGACGUCAAAGAGAUGUUGCUGCUUUUGCUGUCCUACUUUAACGAGAAGGAAGACGCAAUGUUCCGUUAUGUUGAAAACACCCUCCUGGCAGAGGAAGUACAGGUGGACCAAGUUCCUUUGACUCCCACCCUUGUUGUGUGUGUGGUCAAUCCUGUUUUUCCGCGAAACGGUUCAUGCUGUGUGUGGAUCAGAACAUUAUACUUGACAACAUUCCCUUCCUUCAUUUCUUCCCUGUGCAUGAUGUUUGGGAGCUAUUAUUGCUUCAACAUCCAUUACCCAUCAGAGCUGGCAUCAACCCUGGAGUUUCUGCAGAGGUGUUUUUUCUCCAUCAACCCAGAGAAGGGCACCAAAGUGGAGAAGACAAACACAUCCCGUCUUCACGUGAACCCAAGAGUCCUUACCUUGAUUCAGGAACUUUCAGAUCAUGAGUGGCGUGAUGUCUAAAACUCUGGAUAUGGUCAGUAGGAUUUAUGAUGUAAUGAUGUGUGCCACACUACCAGCUUAAAGGUUUGUUUCAGCUCCUAUGUUAGGUUCUUUAAAAUUAGGAGGCAAGAUAAUUUUUCAGACAAAAUUGUAACAGAUGAGUUUGUAUACAACUGUUAACGUUUCAAAGAGAAAAGCAUUUUCCUCUUUCUUGCCCUGUCUUUCUCUAUUUUUCUUUUUUACACUCUCAUCUGUUUCCUUCCAUCUCUUUCCCUCCAUCUUUUCUCUUUCAGUUCCAAUUAGAUGAAUCUGUCUCAGCUCCUAUGUUCAGUUCUUCAAAGACUAGGAAGCAAGAUAUUUUUUCAGACGAAAUUGUAACAGAUGAGUUGGUAUACAACUGUUACAGAGUUUAAAAGAGAAAAGCAUUUUCCUCUUUCUUGCCCUCUUUCUCUUUUUUUUUUUUUUUUUUACACUCUCUCAUCUGUUUCCUUUCAUCUCUUUCCCUCCAUCUUUCCUUUUUCAGUUCCAAUAAGAUGAUCAUUAAUCUGUCAUAUGCUCUUAUUGUACUGUUUGUAAAAUAAGUACACUACAUAUUACAAACUUGUACAGUAUGUUGAGAAAUGAUGUUUGUUAACUGCUUUGUUUAAUAAAUUUUUAUUUGUUUAAUAAAAGUUGAGUCUUUAAUUUCAGUUCA